UCCGCACUGGUAUUAAAUUUGUUGAUAGCCAACAUGUUAAGAUAAAAUUGAUUUAUAUUUAACUAUCUCCGCUCCGUAAAUGGUUAUUCAAUUUUGGCGAUUUCGUUGGCGAUUUGAAUGAUAACUGUAGGCGACUUUUGGCGACUUAACGCACACUGGUGGCGACAUCGUGCUCAAUUGAUCUGGUCACAGUGGUCACCCUGACUGCUGGCAGCAUUUGCGGAAUACAUCUGGUAUACCUUGGAUGGUCCGCAUACUUACUUAUUCGACGCAAGCUAAUACUAUGGGUAGCUUCGUACGCAGUCAAAACUGUCAAAAGUGUUAAUCGUGCAGAGGUAACCGGGCAGGGCAAAAAAGGGGAGGAAACAGUAAAGGGCGCGCGUAUCCGACCAGAACUUCCUGUUCCUGUCCCUCACCUACCCUACAAAACGGCUCUCUUUCUCUCUCUCUCUUUAUUACACACUUAAGUAGUUUGUAUCUAACAUUUUUAAUUACAUACAGCCGAGACCUGGUGUUACUUGGAGACGGUGCAACAAUCUCCUUGCCCAUGCCCAUGUUGUGUGUUCGUUGACGACCAUAUCAUUUUUUCUCGUGCCUAUGCCCUACAUCUAGUACCUACCUAUCUCUAGUGUCUACAUGUCGUGUGUUGACUGACGUGUUUAUUGUGUCGUGGCAAAUUGAUUAAUGACGAGUGACUAUAAGUAGUGUGAUGAAAUAAAAUAUUCAGUGCCUCAUUGACUAAAUUUGCCCUGAUAUGAGAAGCCAACACUGCCAGUACUGCCAGUAUGGAAAAGCAUUAGUCCUUGAGCAAGUUGUAUAGCUCGGGGCCGUCGUUGCUGAAAAAGAAUUUCUACUACUUAAGUUCUGAGAAAGGUUUCUUUCGGCAUCGCCCCGAGAGACGCAGAUCCAAUCGCACACCAGAGAUAUAAUUUUUCUUUCUCAUGACAUUCUACUUCGUGAUCAGACCCUUUUUUAUGCCCUUGCCUGCACCAAUAAGAUAAUGUUCAUUCAGUAAACCAUAAAUCUCUCGUAGUAAUAACUUUUAUUGGUUCAACAAAAAAAACACUGGACAAAAUGCGUUUAGAAAUGGAAUACUUGUCACCAGAGCACCUGGCAGGCUUCGAGAGCUACAAAUACAGUUCUUUGGAUACGAGCCCACUUAGUAUUUAUGUGAUGCAUCCUUUCUGGAAUAAAGUUGUACAGUACUGUCCAAAAUGGGUUGCACCUAAUGCAUUGACUUUCACAGGCUUCCUUUUUACAGUCCUGAACUUUGCAAUGUUUUCAAAGUAUGAUUACUAUUAUUAUGCUUCAAACGAUGAUAUGUUAGAUUAUCCUUCUAUUCCAAAAUGGAUUUUUGCCAUGGCUGCAUUCAAUAUAUUUAUGGCAUACACACUUGAUGGUAUCGAUGGAAAACAGGCCAGAAGAACUCAGACUUCUGGGCCAUUAGGGGAACUUUUUGACCAUGGUCUCGACAGCUGGACUGCCAUGUUAAUUACCACGUGUAUGUUCUCUGUGUUUGGCAGAACUGAUUUUAGUGUGUCUCCUACAAGAAUGUACUUUAUAUUGUGGAAUGUGUUUGUUACCUUUUAUCUCAGUCAUUGGGAAAAGUACAAUACAGGAGUACUUUUCUUACCAUGGGGUUAUGAUGCUUCAAUGGUAGCGACAAUAGGAGUUUUUAUUUUGUCGGGUAUUGCUGGAAAUACUUUAUUUAAAUUUCGUAUGAAUAACGGUAUUUCCUCAGGGAUGAUUUUUGAAAUGAUUUUAUACAUAAGUGCUCUUGUAUCGAGCUUACCGGUUGUCUUGUUGAAUAUUUAUAAAUCUUAUGUACAUAAAACUGGAAAAAUGAGAUCUUUUUCAGAAGCACUGAGACCAUUAGUGCCAUUAACUGUAUUAUUUGUUAUAACCACUUAUUGGGUGCUAAAUUCUCCUAGCAAAAUUAUAGACCAAGAUCCAAGAAUCAUUUUCUUUACCGUAGGAACAAUAUUUUCCAAUAUAUGUUGUCGUUUAAUAGUUGCUCAAAUGAGUAAUACAAGGUGUGAAAUAUUGCCAUGGAUACUCUUUCCUGUUGCUGGUACAGCAGUUCUUUCGUUCCUCAUUCCUAGAUUAGAAUUUAAAUUAAUGUACUUACUGGCUGCAAUUGCAUUGACAUCCCAUGUACACUAUGGCUCUUGUGUUGUGAGACAAAUGUGUCGUCAUUUUCGAAUUGACGCUUUCAAAAUAAAAGAUCACUCACAAUGACUACUCGCUGACGAUGCGUGUUAAAAUGAAAGUAUCAAGGAGCAGCUAGUAAAUGAACGCAGCUUGAGCAAACUAAAGAUAAACUAAAGUUAAAUAUAAAGAUCUGACAAAUUCCAUUGUAAUAAGUGGGUUAUGAAACAAUUAUCUGGCUUUUUAAAAUUUUACUUUCAGUUUUAUAAUCAUUUUAAAGUACCUGGAAAAUACUAAUUUGAUAGAUGGCCAUAGCAAGUCUAAUCUCAUACUGCUGUGAUUAAAAUUGUGAUUGCUUGUAGAAAAAAAGUAGCAUCACGCGCUAGGUAUCGUAAAAAAUUAAGUAACUUUAAUUUUUGAAAUGCAGAAUGAAAAAGAAACCUAAAAUAUAUUUUGUAACGUUUUUUCUGCAACUACGAUAGUUACAGGUCGUUGCAUCAUUAAUAUAUUCUUCUACUUUCUGUAGACUUAGAUCGGUUUUGUUUGUGUACAAAUUAAAUGCAUACGAUUCCGUUUUAAAAAUGCAUUGUCUCUUAAAAGACUACAUCAAGUCUUAUCAAUUGUACUUGAUACUACUCAGUCCAAAGGGGAGGAAGUAGUAAAACGACGAGCGUGUAUGCCACGCAGUUUUGUGCUGAUAUAGAAAAAUACAAGUUGCGAUUCCCACUUCGCGUUUCUUGCCUAAUUUAAUAUGUACUUUUUGAUACAAAUCUAAUUUCACGUAUCAAAAAAACAAUAAUUUUUAUUAACUAUAAAAUUUCAUUAAUUUUUAUGUCAUGCGGUUUUGAAAGCUACAUACUUCAAAGUUAUCUGAAAGCAUAUACUUAUGAAAUGAAAACAGUUGUAGUACACAUACAAAGCAUAGCGUUAAAUAGUAUAUCUGUUUCUGAUAACACAAGUCAUUUACUAUACUAUUAUAGGCUUACGAGCUCUUGACUCAUGUAUAUUGAUAUACUUGCUUACACAAAAGUCGUUCCUCACAGUUUACAGCUCGUUGCAUCUAGACUCUAAUAGUUUUUGAACAUCGUGGCUAGUCUAUUUGGAAUAAUUUCUACUAAUAUUCAUGAGAUUAUUGUACCACCAGUCGAGUAUGGUUACAUUGAAGUUUGUAAAACUAGCAUUGACUAAAUGUUACACUGAAUUUACUGAUUCUUUAUGUACAAAAUAAAUUCAUAUCGUUUUUGAGUACUAAUUUUAA